GAUGUGGAAAGCCAAAGUAAAGUAUCUGGCCCAGAACCGCAGUACUUAGAUGAGUUUACUAGUCUCUUAGUACCAGAUGACACGCGAGUCAUGGUUGACCUGCUGAAGCUUGCUGUCUCCAACCGAGCAGGGGAAAAGGGAAGAGAUGUUCUCUCAGCUGUGCUGUCCGGUAUGGGCACAGCUUACCCACAGGUUGCUGACAUGCUACUGGAGCUGUGUGUUACUGAACUAGAAGAUGUGGCAACAGAUUCACAAAGUGGUCGCCUUUCUUCACAACCAGUUGUGGUAGAAAGCAGCCAUCCAUACACUGAUGAUACCUCUACUAGUGGCACAGUUAAAAUACCAG